CCAACAGUGGCGGUGCUGACAAUCCCGCCAGCUCCUCAACUUGCCUGUGAUCAUAUCGAUGAUGCAAGUGGAUGUACUAUCGCACUUCGGCAGGCUAGAUGAAUUGAUACAAAUCGUUUAUCAAGGUUUUGACCGGUUUGUUGUGAUCUCUCAAGUCAUCGAGUCCGCUUGGACGAUACACCUCGGUCUGAAGGGCCCUGGUGGACGGUGGUGGAGAGGCGCAACGUCUGCGCAAGACAUCCUUGGCAUUGUUGGUACCAGCGCCACCCCACAAGCACUUGAUACGUAUGCGGAGAAGCUGUCAGAGACAUUUAUCAACGGUGAACUUGCCAUCGAUGAUUGGAGUCCUGAGAAAGGUGCAAAAAUAAAGCUCACACUGGGUCCUACGUCGAAGAAUCCCGUACCAGUCUCCUUGGUCGAGCUAUCACCAACCGAGGCAGCUACUUAUGCAACCGCCCUCUUGAGCGAGAUUGCCCUCCAAGCACAACCCCGUAGGUGUCGCCUAAACCCGCCAAUCUUUUCUGCUAGCCCCUCCAGGUUGCCACCAUUGCGAGCUCCUUCACCCCCAAAAACACUGGUUGAGAAGGAUGUCCGCGACGUCCAGUCGUUACCUGCUGAAGCUUUGCGGAAGAUUCGGGUUCUGGAGGCUGAGCUUGCUCAGGCUAAGGCACAGAAAGCGAAGAGUAAAUCUCCGCCGCUUAACUUGGGCACGAAGUCUAUAGCUGUCACCCCGACCGCCAAGGGAGCCUCUCUCGCCAAUCCUCACAAGAAAGCACGGAAGUACCAAGCUUUAGAGUUUGCAAGUGAUGAGGAGUAGCUCUGUAUGGUAGUUUUUUUCUUUCUUUCUUUUUCGGUGGCGAUGUGUGUAUUUGAAUACAGCUCAUGGUGUGCUACUGUUGCAUUGUCUCUACGCUGAUCGGCACGUAGCAGCUGGCGUUGGAAUUGUAAAUUGUUAUAAGUACUGUCGAAUGGAAGUCCAUCAUGAGGUUGAUUG